AUAUGUGUGUGUAUGUAUGUAUUUACGUAUGUGUAUAAGCACGUAUGCAAGCUUCGAGAGACGGAUAUCGUGAAGAAGCAGAAAGGGUUAGCGUGGACGGGACAGGCGUGUUGUAGGCAUGUGUAUAUGUAGGCACGUAUGUGUGUCUGUAUGCUCAGCCGUAUUGCACGAAUGUACGCAUGUACUCCGUGCGUUUCCCACCCCCUCGGUAUGGGGUGUGCUGGAUGAGUCGGUCUACGCAGCAUGUAGGUGUCGAUGUACGUACAGAGGUAAGCAAUCCAGGUCGUGUACAGAAGAUCCAGCACCGUCCCCGAGAUCUCCUGAUCUCAUCACCUCCCUCGAUGACCCUCUUUCCGUCUCUCUCGACUUAUACCUUCGCGUGCCCCGACGACCUAUUUCUACUAGGGGCUUGGUUACCAAGCCACCGUGCCCGUUGAAGAUUGUCUACGAAAGAGCUUGUCUAUGUAGGUGCCGUUCUCUCGCGAUGGCCGGUGGCGUGCUGGAUCUGGGGUGGCACGAUGUGGUAAGUCGGGCAUGUUCCCAGCACGUGGGUCGAAGGAGUAAUAAGCCUAAUAAUAAGACGAUUAGGGGGAGAAGGAAAAAGAAACCGACUGCCUUUACCAGCGUGCGAUGCGCAAUUAUCGACGCCGGACAACAAUCUCUACGUGGGUAUGUGUGCUAUCCCUUCUCUCUCUCGCUCCACUCGCCUCUAGAUCCCGGCUCGGGAAUCCCUCCACUGGUAGGCCGUGUUCUUUUGUACGGACUGACCUGCCCAUGUAACUUGCGAAUGCACACAUACCGAGACCGCGGUCGAGAAUCCUGGGAGGAGUGCUACCACGUAGCACGUAGCACGUAUGUAUGUAUAUAUGUAUGUAUAUAUAUGCGUGCAUACAUAACAUACAUGCGCGGGAGCGAAGGGGGGCGAAAGGCAUGAGUAAGUAGACCGGACGGCCAUCCCUACGCAGGCCAUUGGGGGCAGAGAGAGCUACCUAAGCUGGGAGGAGGGAGGGAGAGACGGGAAGACAAGAUGGUGGAAGCAACCU